CUUCCGCGCGACGAGACGCCCGCCAUGUGCGUAGAUGCGUAAGCGCAGCGCGUCGUUCGGCGUCGGGCAGAGAGGCGGAGCUCGCGGCGGCGCGCGGACGAUGCCGCGCUGGCUGUGGGCGGCCAUGCUCCUCGCGGCGGCGGCCGGCGCCGGCGCCUGGGCCCCGCCGGCCCAAACCCUAGUGCUAGCACCCCGCGUCCGCAGGCACGCUGCCCACUCCGGCACCCGCCACCUGCAGCUGCUCGGCUGGCACCUGGAGCUGCACGAAAACAGACAGAUACGAUCACCAUACUACAAUGAGUGCCAGUUCUAUAAAGGCAGAGUUAUAGACGAAGCACAAUCAUCUGCGACAGUGACAGAUUGUGACGGUCAGCUGUACGGGCUGCUGCAGGUCGGCAGCGAGGAGUUCGUAUUACAGCCGACGCACCAGGAGAGAGACGCGCAUGUGUUGAGGAGACGAGACGUGGAGCUGUCGGAAUGGGCGGCCGCGUACAAUCUCACGGGUGACACGAUCACCGACCUUGAACUUGACUUCGGCGAGGAGGAUGACCCGGUGCCAGAGCCCCACGUGCGACCGCGACAUAGUGUUUAUACGGAAACUGAUAACUUUCGGGGAGCAAGAAUUAUCAGUAGACCAGUUUCAGGUGUCAAGGGUUUGUGGCUAGAAAUGGCUAUCGUAGCCGAUCACACGAUGCUCAAGUUCCACGGCAAGGAGAGAGUGAAGCAUUACAUUCUCGCUUUAAUGAACAUCGUCAGUGCCAUCUUCAACGAUCCCUCUCUGAACUCGAACAUGACACUCGUGAUCAACAAACUGUAUUUAUAUGAAGAGAAAGACUAUGUCAUAAAGUAUGGGAAUGUCAGGAAAUCAUUGGAGGCUGUGAAUAAAUGGAACUACAGACACUUGAUGAAGUUGCCGACAGACAGUACUGGAUGGGACGCCGCGGUGUGGCUGACCCGUGCACAACUCGGAGGACCCUCGGGCUUCGCUCCCGUCGGUGGAGUCUGUUCCAGGACCCGGUCUGCCGCUAUAGACCGAGAUGAGGGUCUUACCAGCGCUUUCGUCAUAGCUCAUGAAUUGGCACAUCUGUUAGGACUAACUCACGAUGGAGACAGCCAGUGUCAGAGCGAGGCCGUGAAAGGCUCAGUGAUGGCACCAACUGUUCUGGCCACGCUACACAACUACGCCUGGUCCACUUGUUCCAGAGAACAAUUCCAUGAAAAAUCCAAACGCUGGUGGUGCUUACACGAAAGAAGUCAUGAUGAAGGUGUGGAGCUGGGUGGUGCCAAAGAAAUAUCCAACUACGUGUUCACCAUGGAUGAACAGUGCCGCACAGAAUUUGGCGAAGGGUUUUCAGUGUGCAAGUCAGUGAAAGUGAAGUCGGCAUGCUCGCGGCUGUGGUGCGCUCACCGCGCGAUGCCGCACGUGUGUCGCUCGAAACGCGCUCCUCCCCUCGAAGGCACGCCCUGCGGUCACAACAAGUGGUGCGUAGACCGUGUAUGCGAGCCGAUGCCAGGCCACGCGAUCAAGACUGAAACUACCAACACUGAAACAGAAGUAACCGUCAAUAAGGUGGAAGACAAAGAGAGGGAGAAUGACAAGCCGGAGUGGAGCGAGUGGGGAAGAUGGAGUGAUUGUAGCGCGAGCUGCGGGUAUGGCUUGCGUACGCGUAUUAGAAGGUGCCGGUUUAAUGGUGUGAUAUCAGAAAGUGCUUGCGAGGGCGCAGGUUUCCAAGUCCGAACGUGCUGGGGAGGCGUCACUUGUGCCAACACUCGCGACGUACGCGCUGACAUCUGCACACGACAACAUGCGCGGUUCAUACCCUAUCUACAUGCUAACGAAUCCCAGCACUGUGAGAUCUGGUGCGUGGACUACGCGGGUGGAGGACCUUCUAACUUUGGAGCUUUGCCUGAUGGGACACCGUGCAGUUAUAGUAGACCCUACGAUGUUUGCUUUCAGGGUACUUGCGUUCAAGGACAUUGCAAUUCAUCGGACAGUAUCUGCAAUUGGUGUCCAGAUGGCUACUGCAAUAAUAACACCCAUGUCUACACCAGACAGCUUGGCAAAGGUUGGACCCGCAUGACAAUGAUACCACACGACGCUCACCAGUUAUCCGUCCACAUCAUCACGCCCGUACCUCUAAACAUUGCCAUCCGAGAGAAAAAACGCGACAAACAGAUCUUAGACCUCAUGAAACACUCCAAACGUUUCGACAUUGAUAACAACAAAUACUUGAAGUACGAUCCUAAUGUACCACAGAACUUACAAAUAGUAGAAGUGGAUAGUCACGUCAUAGAUAUCAAAGAAGGUUCUAGAUGGGAAGGUGAAGUGGUAGCGGCGGGAACAUUGCUUAAAUGGACGAGAACUGAUACAGAUGUUUUGAUAUCUUCGGAGUCACGGCUGCAGACUGAUUUGAUGAUUAUGGCAUAUCCCGAACAUCCAGUGGCGUCAGGAGAGUCAGUGAUGGUAGAAGUGUCGGUGAACUACAGCACUCCUGCCAGCCGCACCAGGCCCUUGGAAUACAGAUGGUCGACGGAGCGCGGUCCGUGCUCCGCGUCGUGCGGCGGCGGCGUGCGCGUGCUGCGGCCGCGGUGCUUGAGAGACCACAAGUGUCCACCUGUCAUGUUCGAAGCUUGUAAUACCCACAGCUGUGAGUUCACGUGGGUCGGCGGCGAGUGGGAGGAGUGCAGCGCCACGUGCGGAGCUGCUGGCGUCCAGGAGCGACAGAUCUUUUGCGUACCUCUUAAUGUCAGUACAUCAUCAAGACGAGAUCUAAUAAGGAACAGCGUGUCUCCCACAUUAUGUACUUCAGCAAAGCCGACCUCACGACAGGCCUGCAACCGUUUGCCUUGUCCUGUCUAUUGGAAAGAACUGCCCUGGACUCAGUGUUCAGCCACCUGCGGUCGCGGCAUCUCCCGUCGUCCUCUAGAAUGUCCGGCAUCAGACGAGAUGCUCUGCGGUCCGCGACCGCGCGAGCGACACCGGCGCUGCCGCGUGCGCGCGUGCGGGACGCGGCGCGGCGCCUGCCCGCCCGCAGACACCACGCAGUACUGCGAACUGUUUGAUACCGACCAACUAGCGAGACAUUGUCUAGUUCCUCCCUUUAGGAAGUACUGCUGCAACGCCUGCAGGCUGCUCGAGCGCUCACACAUGAGGGGCUUCGGGUAGACUUACAUUGCUGCUAUGGUCUUUUGGUAGGCGCCAUCUUGUAAAAGCUUCAUAUUUAUGUGAAAUGAAAAUCCCACAAUGUCCCCCUUUUCACCAAAAGAUCCUUGUAAGACCGUGGGUAAUAGACUACUACGCAGUAAUGCGAACUGUUCGAUACUGACCAGCUGGCCGGGCACUGUCUUGUUCCCCCCUUUAGGAAGUACUGCUGCAACGCCUGCAGGCUUCUCGAGCGCUCACACAUGAGGGGCUUUGGGUAGACUUACAUUACUAUAUAGGUCUUUUGGUAUACAGAUAUUAGCGCCGCCAUAUUGUAAUUUUGUAUUUGUGAAGAAUAAACAUGCUCCCCUUUUCACCAAAAGAUCCUUGUAAGGCCGUAAGUAAUCGACGGCAACUACGCAGUACUGCGAACUCUUCGAUACUGACCAGUUAGCGAGGCACUGCCUGGUUCCUCCCUUUAGGAAGUACUGCUGCAAUGCUUUCAGGCUGCUGGAGCGCUCACACAUGAGGGGCUUCGGGUAGACUUACAUUGCUGCAUAGGUCUUUUGGUAUGCGCCAUCUAGUAAAAGCUUCAUAUUUUUGAGGACAAAAAAUGCUCCCCUUUCACUGUCAUUCAAGUCCAAAAGACCCUCGUAAGAGUGGGUAAAGGUUUUAGGCUGACCAGCUGGCUAGGCAUUGCGUUUUGCCACCCCUUUAAGAAGCAAGGCUGCUGGAACAAAAUCUUUUAUCAGCUUUGGUUAGAACUAUAUACUCGGGGAAUAGAUCGACAGCAUCUAUGUGGUCCUACAAACUGUUUGAUACUUCUUCUGCCCCCCUUUAGGGAGUACUGCUGCAACGCCUGCAGGCUGCUGGAGCGAUCACAUAUGAGGGGCUUCGGGUAGACUCUAAAAAAUAUUUUGAAAAAUAAAACCUCCAUGAUGCUCCCCUUUCACUGUCGUUCAAGUGCAAAAGAUCCUCGUAAGGGUGCUGAACCACACACUUAUAGAGGCUUCGGGCAGAACCAUAUACUUGGGGAAUUGAUUAACACCACAUUUGUGGUCCUACAAACUGUUUGAUACUUCUUCUGCCCCCCUUUAGGAAGUACUGCUGCAAUCCUGCAGGCUCUUUUAUUCUUGAGUGGUAGACCGACACCACACUUUGUCUUAUUCCCCCUUUAGGGGAAAAUUACUCCUUCAUAGAAUAUUAUAACGCAUUGUUGAACCAUAGGGGUACUGCCAUAUAGUAGGGCGACACCCUCUAGAAUCAAGCGUGUAGAUAUCAUGAUACAUGUUGUUCGAAUGGAGAUUCCGUGUCAAUGUAACCAGUAUUUUGUACGUUGUUUUUCAUAUUUAUAAGCAACUAGAAUUAAGGAAUACACCUAAUAUCUAAUAAUAAUGCGCAACGAAGUGCCAUAAUGUAUUGUACACUACUUCACGUAAUAAAUGUGCUAUUCUUAUAUA